AUGGAGUUGUUUAAGAGUUCAAUUUUAAUUUUGCUCCUUCAUUUUCUGGAAGGAGUCCUGAGUAAUUCACUCAUUGAGUUGAAUAAUAAUGGCUAUCAAGGCAUUGUUAUUGCCAUUGACUCUAAUGUCCCAGAAGAUGAAGCACUCAUUCAACAGAUACAGGAUAUGGUGACUCAGGCAUCUCCAUAUCUAUUUGAAGCUACAGAAAAAAGAUUUUACUUCAAAAACGUUGCCAUUUUGAUUCCCGAAAAAUGGAAGACAAAACCUGAAUAUAAGAGACCUAAGCUUGAGACCUACAAAAAUGCUGAUGUUCUUGUUACUGAACCUAAUACUCCAGGUGAUGAUGAGCCCUAUACCGAGCAGAUGGGAAACUGUGGAGAAAAAGGCGAACGGAUUUAUUUCACCCCUGACUUUAUAGCAGGGAAAAAGUUGAAUGAACAUGGACCACAAGGAAGAGCAUUUGUCCAUGAAUGGGCUCAUCUAAGAUGGGGAGUCUUUAAUGAGUAUAAUAAUGACCAAAGAUUCUACUUAUCUAAAGGAAAAAUCAGACCAGUUACAUGUUCAGCAAAUAUUAGGGGUGAAAAUAAGGAAAAAAAAUGUUCAGGAGGGAGCUGUUUUGACAGACCAUGCAGGCCUGACAAAAACACAGGACUGUACAGCAAGGACUGUCAUUUUAUACCUCGUGCUGACCAGACUGAGAAAGCUUCCAUAAUGUUUCUACAAAGCCUUAAGUCUGUGGUGGAAUUUUGUACAGAAAAAAACCACAAUAAAGAAGCCCCAAACCAGCAAAACCAAAAAUGCAAUCUCCGAAGCACAUGGGAAGUGAUUCGUGAUUCUGAGGACUUUAAGAAAGCCACUCCUAUGACAACACAGCCACCCAAGCCCACCUUUUCAUUGCUGCAAAUUGGGCAAAGAAUUGUGUGCUUGGUUCUUGAUAAGUCUGGAAGUAUGUCGACUGAUAAACGCCUUCAACGACUGACCCAAGCAGGCAAACUUUUCCUGCUGCAGACUAUUGAACAAGGGUCCUGGGUUGGGAUGGUGAUAUUUGACAGUGUUGCCUCUGUGAGAAGUGAACUCAUCCAAAUAAACAGUGGCGCUGAAAGGGAUGCACUCAUCAAAAGCUUACCCACAGCCGCGGCAGGAGGAACUUCCAUCUGCAGUGGACUUCGAUCAGCAUUUACUGUGAUUAAGAAGAAAUUCCCAACAGAUGGGUCUGAAAUUGUGCUACUAACUGAUGGUGAAGACAACACUAUAAGUGGGUGCUUCAAUGAAGUGAAAAGUAGUGGAGCCAUUAUCCACACCGUUGCCUUGGGGCCGUCCGCAGCCAAAGAAUUAGAAGAGCUUUCUAAAAUGACAGGUGGUAUACAGACAUUUGCUUCAGAUCAGGCUCAGAACAAUGGUCUUAUUGAUGCUUUUGGGGCCUUUACUUCAGGAAAUGGAGCUGCCUCCCAGCGUUCUAUUCAGCUUGAGAGUAAGGGACUAACCCUCCAGAAUAGUCAAUGGAUGAAUGGCACAGUGACUAUUGACAGCACUGUGGGAAAGGACACACUGUUUCUCAUCACCUGGACAACACAAACUCCCCAAAUCCUUCUCUGGGAUCCCAGUGGAAAUAAACAAGAAGGUUUUGUAGUGGACAUACAAAACAAAAUGGCUUACCUCCAGAUUCCAGACAAUGCCACGGUUGGUACUUGGAGUUAUAGCCUGCAAGCAAGCUCACAAACCCUGACUUUGACUGUUACCUCCCGUGCAUCAAGUGCUACUUUGCCUCCGAUAACAGUCACCUCGAAAAUGAACAAGGACACGGGUAAAUUCCCUAGUCCUAUGGUAGUCUAUGCAAAGAUUCAUCAAGGAGCCAAGCCAAUUCUCAGGGCCAGUGUCACAGCUCUGAUAGAAUCAGCUACUGGUCAAACAACUUCCUUGGAAUUACUGGAUAAUGGAGCAGGUGCUGAUGCUACCAAAAAUGAUGGCAUUUAUUCAAGGUAUUUUACAGCUUAUAAUGAAAAUGGUAGAUACAGUGUAAAAAUACGAGCUUUGGGAGGAAUAAACUCAGCUAGACAAAAGUUGAUAUCUCAGCAGAAUGGAGCCAUGUAUAUUCCUGGCUGGAUUGAGAAUGGUGAAGUGAAAUGGAAUCCACCAAAACCUGAAAUUAAUGAUCUUCAAGGCAAGCAAGUGUGUUUCAGCAGAACAUCCUCAGGAGGUUCAUUUGUGGCUUCUAAUGUCCCAAAGAAUCCCAUACCUGAUCUGUUCCCACCUUGUCAAAUCACUGACCUAAAGGCAAAAAUCCAAGGAGGAAAUCUCAUUAACCUGACUUGGACGGCACCUGGAGAUGACUAUGAUUAUGGAAGAGCUUCCAAGUAUGUCAUUGGAAUAAGUACAAAUAUCCUUGACCUCAGAGAUAAGUUCAAUGAAUCACUUCAAGUGAACACUACAGAUCUCAUUCCACAAGAUGCCAACUCCAAGGAAGUCUUUGUGUUUAAACCAGAAAACAUCAUUUUUGAAAAUGGCACUGAUCUUUUCAUUGCUGUUCAGGCUUUUGACAAGGUUAACCUGACAUCAGAAAUAUCCAACAUUGCACAAGUAUCUGUGUAUAUUCCCCCAGAGGUUCCUCCAGAAACAUCUGCUCCACUUCCUUGUCCUGAUAUUCAUAUCAAUAGCACCAUUCCUGGCAUUCACAUUUUAAAAAUUAUGUGGAAGUGGUUAGGAGAAUUACAGUUGUCAGUAGGCUUGCACUGA